CCUGCCAUGCUGUUGGUAUCAGUGUUGGGCAGAAAGGGCCCAGCCUCUGUCAAGGUGGCCGACAUUGCCUUGGUGACAGCUUCAGGGUCACUGGUCGUAGGCGGGGCCCUGGAAGACAUGGGCAACGGGGAUUUUCUGGUUACUGUAACCAAGGUCCCUGCGGGGGAGCUUGUGGUACUGUUGAACGGGACAGACGUGGUUUCCUCCACCAUAUUCCAGAGACAGUCCACCACUCAGAUGUCCAUCUCCAAGGUUACCAUCAAGGCCGUGGUGGACAGAAGCAUGGAGCCUGGUAAAGCCUUCAGCCUUCCCUUCACCGUCAUGACCGACGCCCCUGGAGGCACCUACAAAAUCAGUGCCAGAAACGACAGAGACUUCAAGAUGAACGUCCCCAGCAGCGUCACUGUGGCCACCGGAGGAAACACCACAGGGGUACUGACCAUCACGGUGCCCGCCAUCACACCCUCAGGAACGGACGUCACCCUGACCAUCGAGGCAGUGGCCCCCGAGGCGGUCGACUCCAACUACGCCGUCCUGCGCCUCUCUGUUGUCACCAAGGUUACAGAUUUCACCCCUCCACAGUGCGAGGUGGUCAGUGUCUCGUCGGACGACUGCCCAGCUGACCCAGCAGCCUGCAGCUCCGCUUUCUGGCAGCUCUCUGCCAACCUGACCGACGGCGUCAACGGCACCGGUAUCGCCAAUCUCACACACCGCCAGGGCGUGGGCAGUCUCACCCACACGGACCUGAAGCAGACGGUUGUCGCGGCAGCGUUCAACGCUUCUUGCUGCUCUCUGACAGUGGAGCUGGUGGCGGUGGACAAGGCCAUGAACGUGGGCACCUGUCUAUACACUAAGGUGACAGAUCUCACCCCUCCACAGUGUGAGGUGGUCAGCGUCUCGUCGGUCGAUUGCCCCGCUGACGCAGCAGCCUGCAACGGCUCCUUCUGGCAGCUCUCUGCCAACCUGACCGACGGCGUCAACGGCACCGGUAUCGCCAAUCUCACACACCGCCAGGGCGUGGGCAGUCUCACCCACACGGACCUGAAGCAGACGGUUGUCGUGGCAGCGUUCAACGCUUCGUGCUGCUCUCUGACAGUGGAGCUGGUGGUGGUGGACAAAGCCAGGAACGUGGGCACCUGUUUAUACACCACCAAGGUGACAGAUUUCACCCCUCCCAAGUGCGAUGUGGUCAGCGUCUCGUCGGACGACUGCCCAGCUGACCCAGCAGCCUGCAGCUCCUCCUUCUGGCAGCUCUCUGCCAACCUGACCGACGGCGUCAACGGCACCGGUAUCGCCAGCAUCACACACCGCCAGGGCGUGGGCAGUCUCACCCACACGGACCUGAAGCAGACGGUUGUCGCGGCAGCGUUCAACGCUUCGUGCUGCUCUCUGACAGUGGAGCUGGUGGCGAUGGACAAAGCCAGGAACAUCGGCACCUGUCUGUUUUCCAUAGUCCCCAACGCGGGACCGCCCUCCCUCGCCCUGUCCCUUCCGCUGUUGGUGUGUCUGCUUGUCUCUGCCCUCUUCACAACGUCCCUCAGAGACCUACUUAUUUGAUCUAAUGCUGCGUUCAUAAUCAAGUGGGAAUGUGGAAAUGACCAGUUGUGAAGUGCAUUCACGUGCUUUGAACUUGUUGAGAACCGCUGAUUGGAUAAAAGUACAGCCAGCAAUGCUUGAAACUAAUUAUAGUGUUCAAAAACCAUAAUAAUAGAUUGCUUUUUAUAAAUGUUUUGUUGCAUGUAACUGCCGAAAAUGCUGUUAUCACGUUCAUUUCCUUAGCAGGUGACGUCAGAGGUCAGCAUGUGGGAGAAGUUGUAGCUCAGGGAUGAUAGACUAGUUAUUACCAGUUGGAGGGGCGUUCAAGUGGAUUUUCCUAUGUGGUAAAUACCACCUUCCCACUUGGUUAUGAUAAAAGGGUAAGGCUCAUGUAUUGACUGUCUGCCAGAAACUGCCUCUUAAAGUUAAAGGUUACGUUCCAGGCCGACUAUAUCGCAGACGUUGCAUUGCAUCAACGAAUACUUUGCGUGAUACAUCAUCGACGGCGCAAUUGUGCAUCAGAUUGCUAUAUGAUGUGGAAAGCUGAUAUGUUAAACACCUAUCCACAUGUGAGAUCUGGCAGGUGUCUGCAAAGUAGUCAGCCUGGAACAUGGCCAAAGCCACCAUGAAAAUGAAUGUCCCUUUUGUUAAAAAAAAGUGCCAACAGUACUCUCUCUAGGCACUUUCUCAACAUGUUAUUUGCACUGUAAGAUGUUUCAAUUUUUGUAGCAUAAUCUAAAUCUCUAGUUUACAUCUGUCAUGAAUAAAAAAGCUCUGCUUUCCUA